AUCAACAUAUUCCACAAGUUUUCUGCUCUUAUUUACUGAAAAUAGUUAGGUAUAUACUAAUGAUUAAUGAUUUGUGUCUGAAGUAUUUUCAUUAUUGUAAUCAAUCAACAUUUUCUUUUCAAAAAUAAUAAUAAAGUCGUAAAAUCUAUUCUAAGUCUUCACUUACACCGCCCACUGGAUAAACUUUAGAUAAGUUGGGCGCCGAGUUUCCUUCAUGUUAUCCGAUGUUCUUUUUCCAAAGAAAACAUGGCUGGAGAUUCCCGUAAAGAAUUUCUACUGACAUCUGUAGCUAAUCAUUUCAAUAUCCAGCUGAAAGAUAACAAUGUCUUGUACCAGAAUGAAAGCCUCAAUAACUUCCUUGAUGAUGAGAGUACAACCAUCUUGUCUUGUUAUGUUAAAAGCAACACAAAGCAAAUAUUGUUCAACAAUAGCGUUGACAGAGUACCAUCAGAGGUUUUAAUAUUCUUCAAACUAAGACUGGAAGUUAUAACUCCUGACAACCUACACAAUAACAUCUGUAUCUCUUCCAUCAUUGAUUCCCCUUUCAAUACCUUCUACAAUGUCAUCAAAAGCCUUUAUGCGCCAGUAUUUCUUGAGGACACAAACUGGAAUCAGCUGAUGGAUCCUCAACUCCAAAAACUGCUUGCUGAACUUAUAGCUGGUCUGAAAUCUUCUUUGAGAAAACAGAAUCUUGCUUCUGGAGACAAAAAGGAUGCAGAUCUUGAUGAAGACAAUUUUGGAGGAAUCAUCACACCUGAAGAUGAAUUUCAAUUUUGGAAUGAUGUUAGUGUUUCAAGCCACUCACCUGAAGAUUGCAAGAGAGCUAGAUACUUCCAAGAUCUAUUCCAACCUAUCUGCAAAGAUUAUGGUAACGGCUUAGACUGUCUGGAAAUGCAAAAUGUUCUGGAGCUGAUUGAAACAACUCAAGAUAUUCUGGAUGAUGUUUGGAAGCAGACUGAAUUUGAACCUGUGUAUCCAGAAAAACGAAUGAGACAUUUAAUGGAAGUUAUUGCAUCUUCCAUUGCUCGCUACGUGAAGAAGAAACUUGCUGAUGAAGACAUUUGGUACGGCUGUUACUCGAAUGUAUGUCAAGUUCUUCAGUCUGGCAUUACCAUCUGCGAGUCUUGGAUUAACAUCUGUGAAUCUUUCACUGUCCACUUGUGGAAACGGUAUGUUCAACAUCCAUGGGCUGGCAGCAAAUUUGUUCCGGCUGACCUUUCACAACUUGCUGAGAGAAUAAAUGAGGUCCUGACUCUUCGUUCAAUCCAUGAGCAACUGACGCACUUGCUCAGUUCCCAGGAGCAGCAGGAACUGAACAUGUCACAAGUAUUCCGGCCGUUCACUGGUCUCAACCCCAUUCUCUACAAUCCGUUCACCAAACCUCUUUGGGACGCCGCAGUGGUACAGUUCAGCCGAGUACUGUCACCUAUCGAGCAGAAAGUAGCCUCUGUCCUGAAACGUCACAUUCAAGAUGUGGAAGGAAACUUACAACAGCUUCUAUGGGAGUUCCACCAUUACAAAGAUCUGAUUAAGAGGCCUGCAAUCAGCAAGGAGAUGCUCUCACAACGAGAAACUCUCCUAGCACAGUUAACUCGCAGCAUUAAGCAAAUCAAUGAAGACUUUAAUGCUCGCACUAAUGCUGUUGACAAACCAAACGUUCCAAAGGGUAAGAACCUACCAAACAUCGUGAAUGUUAUAAUAUAUGUUCGACAGCUUGAGGCAAGGGUGGAAGAUAGCAUAAACAUGACUAAUGCUGUGUUAAAUGACUUGAGCAAUUAUGAAGCCUUCAAGAGAAAUGCUAAUGAAACACUGAAUGAAUUGAAGUCCUGGCGCAAGGACCAUUUUGAAGAUUGGUCUAGCCAAAUGUCAGAUAUGAUCAACAGCCAUAGUCAACCCCUCAGCCUCUCUAUAAACAGCUGUAUCAUGGAACUCAAAAGUGACAAGCUGAAAGUGAACUACAAUGAGAGGCUGGUCACUCUUUUGCGAGAAGUUCGAAUGCUGUCAGCACUCGGGUUUGCAAUCCCAAGAAAUAUUCAAGAAACAGCAAAAACUGCUAAGAAAUUUUAUAGGCAUGGAAUCGUUUUGGAACAGGUUGCUCACUUUUAUAAUACCAUUGACCAACAGAUGAUAAUGUCACAGAAACCAAUGAUGAUCACUUCAGCUAGAGCUUUUGAAGCGUUGAUUGUCAGACCAAAAGAGAAUACAAAAGGACAUCAUGGUAUCACCAAGGUGACAUGGGAUAACCCUGAAGAACUGGAGAACUACAUCGAGAGACUACAGGAAGCUGCCAAGAAGCUGACGUCCGAAAAUCGAAUGCUGCGCCAGUACCAUAAGAAUAUCUGUGAGAAGGUCCAACAGUUGAUGCAUCUUGAUCUACUGCGCAAACAUCAACAAUGGAAAGAUUGUUACAUGGAUAUCAAACAUAUACUAACAGCUGUUUUUAAUCAGGGUUACUCUUAUGAAUUGAUGGCUGGCUGGCGCCGACACUGGGACUACCAACUGUACAAAAGUCUGGAGCACCAAUACCAGAGUGGUUUGGAGGCUCUAAAUACAAACAUUGCAGAAAUUAAAGUGGAACUUGUAUUCAGGUUAGAUUGGGUUGCUCUUGGAACUAUUGACAUAAAUGAGCUUGCAGACCAAUGUCUCGUGGAUAUUACUGACUGGGAACGAAAUAUAAAGGCAUUGAAGAUUCGUAGCCGGAAUGCAGAUAAACUACCAAAUCAGGUAAAAGUUGGCUGCAUCACUGUAAACACAUCUCCGGUGAAGAUUGUCAUUGAUGAACUCAUCCAACAGCUGUAUGAUGCCCUCGUAAGCUGCCUUCAACGUAAGAUCAGUCUCGAUGUCAAGCACAUUGACACAUUCCUCACUGAAGCCAUUGAAAAACUGUCUACUCAGCCAAAUACUCUGGAAGAAAUUACUGCUGCCAAUGCUUGCCACAUGGAAUAUGCCGAGAAGAAGAAAGAGAUCAAAGACUUGUUUGAAAAGGCGCAGGCGAAAAACAAAUUAUUGCGUUCCUUUGCCGGCCAAGAAUUGGACAACGUCAUGAAGCUUGCUUCCCACUGGGACAGUUUUGAGCUUGUUUUGGACAGCCAUAGUUCUAUGAUAACUAAAAGAAUGGAUGUUAUGAGAAACAAUUUGGAAUCUGACGUUGCAUCCUUCCACACUGCUGUUCAGAAAUUCUCUGAUAGAUGGGAGCAAGCAGAGCAGAACUUAUCUUUUGAUGGGGACAUUUCACAAUGUGACCAGGAUCUUGAGCAAGCCUGUGAGAAGUUUCAUCUUCCACCACCCGAUUCAAACCAGAUUACUGAACUAAAAGAGAAACUGGCCGGCUUUGAAGGCAUAGUUAUUGUCUACAAUGACUACAAGAAUGAACUGGAAGACUUAACGAAAGAAGAUUGGAUAUCCUUUGGCCUUUCAAGUCAAAAAUUGCUGGAGAAUGUUUUGCCUAUACUGAAAUGGGUCAGAGGGGACCAAUUCACUUCCAGUCAUUGGGUAGAGAUAAACACAUUGCUUCAAUUACCACCAAACACCAAACCAGAAAAACUUACUUUUGGCAUGGUUCUUGGUUCCAGUGAAAACAUCAUCAAAAAUGUAGACACAUUAAAAGAAUUGAACCGCCGUGCCCAAGGAGAAAUUAUCAUUCGCGAUGCCAUACGAGAAAUUGAAAUGUGGGGUGUUGGAGCUGCGUUCUCUUUGACUGACUAUGAGGACACCAACAAACAGACAGUGAAGUUAAUUAAGGGCUGGAAAGAUAUUUUCAACGAGGUUGGAGACCAACAGUGCUUAUUGCAAUCCCUUAAAGAUUCACCGUACUUCAAAAACUUUUUGGAUAAAGCCACAAUUUGGGAGAAACGCUUAGCAAGUUUGGACGAGUACUUGCAGAACCUUUACCAAAUUCAGCAUAAAUGGGUUUACUUAGAACCGAUAUUUGGUCGCGGUGCUUUACCUAAGGAACAGAACCGCUUCAAGAGAGUCGAUAGUGAUUUCAGAGCCAUUAUGACGGACAUACAGCGAGAUCGUCGUUAUGUUUCUCUUGUAAACCAAGUAGGACUUUGUGAUCAGUUAAAGACAAUGGUGGACCAACUGCAAAGAUGCCAGAAAGCUCUCAAUGAAUUCUUAGAGGAAAAAAGGUCCUCAUUUCCCCGUUUUUAUUUCAUUGGAGACGAGGACCUGCUGGAGAUUCUUGGCCAGUCAACUAAGCCUGAUGUAAUCCAAACCCACCUGAAGAAAUUGUUUGCCGGCAUUCAUACUGUCCAGUUUAAUGAUGACUGUAGCCAGAUUCUUGCCAUGAGGUCAUUGCAUGGGGAGGUGGUACCACUUCGUCAACAAGUUCUCAUCAGCAAUGAUGUUGAGAUGUGGAUGAACAGCCUGGCUAUAGAAAUGAAAGAGACCUUGAAAGACUUACUGAAAGACUGUCUGCGAGAAUCCCAGACAGGACAACCUGGUCCAAACAAUUAUCCUUCACAGAUUCUAUGUCUUGUGGGGCAGAUUCAAUUCACCCAGCAAUGUGAGAAUGCUAUCAAGCAAAACAACUUGAAUGGAUACCUGCAUGAAGUCAAACAUAGGCUUGAUGUUCUUACCAGGCAAAAUGUGAAAUGUGAAGACAUACUUGAGCUGAAACUAAAAGCUCUCAUCCUUGAUAUGGUUCAUGGCAUAGAUGUGAUCCAACAGCUGAUGGCAGCAAAUGUCACUUCUGUUACAGAUUGGCAUUGGCAGAAACAGCUCAGGUUCUACUCGAAGAAUACAAACCUCUGUAUCGUCAAGAUGGUGGACGCUGAAUUUAACUACACGUUUGAAUACCAAGGGAAUGUCCAGAAACUGGUCCAUACUCCACUCACUGACAAGUGCUACUUGACCCUAACUCAAGUAAAUUUCAUUUUUUUGUUUGUGAAUGACUUUUUUUCUUUGACACCUUUGCAGAGUCUAGACGUGAAGUCGAUGGGGCGUAUCUUCAUUGGCCUUGUUAAAUGUGGUGCCUGGGGCUGUUUUGAUGAAUUCAAUCGACUGGAACCGCCAGUGCUGUCAGCUGUCUCCAUGCAAAUCCAAGUCAUCCAAGAUGCUAUCAAAAGCAAAUCAAAACACAUGGAAUUACUCCGUAAAAAUAUUGAAAUUGACCAUAACUCUGGUAUCUUCAUAACAAUGAACCCUGCGGGUAAAGGUUAUGGAGGCCGACAGAAACUACCAGACAAUCUGAAGCAGCUAUUUCGGCCAGUGGCCAUGUCCAAGCCCGACAAUGAGCAAAUUGCUGAAGUCAUCCUCUUUUCGGAUGGUUUCAAAGAGGCCAAAAUGAUCGGACGAAAGCUGGUCACUAUCUUUAAUCUUUCCAAACAAUUGCUAACACCACAGCAGCACUAUGACUGGGGACUGAGGGCCAUGAAAACUGUUCUUAGAGGAUGUGCCAGUCUUUUACAGAAAGCCAGAGAUGAAGAUGUAACCAUCGAUGAAACAGUCGAAUCAAUGUUAGUGGUGCAGGCACUGAGAUUUAACACUCUGUCGAAGCUCACCUUCUCUGACAGCAGUGUGUUCGACAGUCUGGUGCAAGACAUAUUCCCCGGGGUUAGUUUCAAGGACAUUCAGUUUGAGAAUGUCGCUCAGGCAUUCCGCGAGGUGUGUCAAGAACAGAACCUGACCGUUGAUGAAAGCCAGGUGAAGAAAGCCUUGGAACUCUAUGAACAGCUGAAACAAAGGAUGGGCAUCGUAAUUGUUGGACCAAGUGGUUCAGGCAAGUCCACUCUCUGGUCAGUUCUACGCCAAGCCUUAGCAAAGAUUGGUCAGACAGUAAAACAGUACACAAUGAAUCCAAAGGCCAUGCCAAGAACUCAGUUGCUUGGUCACAUCGAUAUGGAUACUCGUGAAUGGACUGAUGGAGUUCUUACAAACAGCGCCCGCCAAGUAGUCAAAGAACCUCUUGAUAUUCAUUCCUGGAUUAUAUGCGAUGGGGAUAUUGAUCCUGAAUGGAUUGAAUCCUUGAAUUCUGUACUGGACGACAACAGACUCUUGACCAUGCCAUCAGGGGAGCGGAUUCAAUUCGGACCGAAUGUGAACUUCAUAUUUGAGACCCAUGAUCUUGUCAAUGCAUCCCCUGCCACGAUAUCCCGUAUGGGCAUGAUAUUUCUCAGUGAUGAAAACAUAAACAUGAAAGGCUUGGUGCAGUCAUGGCUGCAGAGUCAAGACGAACUGCAACAGAUGAAGCUCAGUACCUGGAUAGAUGACUAUUUCUACAGUGCUCUUGACUGGGUCAUCAGGCAGAACGACUUGGUUGUGGAGACCAGCUUGGUUGGCAUUUUAAAAAAUGGCCUUUCACAUCUUGGCCAAGCUAAAAGCAAAGCUCACUUUGCUGUGUGUUUAAUUCGAGGACUAGGAGCCAACUUGAAUCCGAAAUCCAGAGCAGCUCUUGCAGAAGAAGUGUUUUCAAUGAUUGGAGAAACUCCACCAGAUUCACAACACAUUCUGGAUACUUACUAUGACGAGGAGACUGGACGACUAAAAACCUACACACUACAAGAUGGUCUGAAAGAUGAACAUCUUGAUUUGAACAGCUUGGAACAAGGCUCACAACUUCCCAUAAUCAAGACAGUCGAUGUGCAAAGAAACCUUGAUUAUUUCUCAUUGUGGCUUCAGGACAAACACUACCAUCCGUUUAUCCUUGUUGGACCAGAGGGUUGUGGCAAAAGUCUGUUACUGCACCAUUGCUUUCAGCAGCUGCGAUCAGUCAGUGUUGCAACGGUGCACUGCAAUGCACAAACCACACCUUUGCACAUUUUGCAGAAGCUCGAUCAGAUGUGUCUAAUAGUUAGCACAAAUACCGGACGGAGAUACAGGCCUAAAGAAGGUGAGCGGCUCAUCUUGUACCUGAAGGGUAUCAACCUCCCACGACAUGACAAAUGGCAAACUUGCCAGUUAAUUGCUUUCCUGAGACAGAUAUUCACAUUUGGAGGAUUCUAUAAUUCCAGCCUGGAGUGGGUCGGACUUGAAAGUGUUCAGAUCGUGGCCAGCAUGAACGCUGGAAGCUCACUUGGUCGGCAUAAAUUGUCAACUCGGUUUACAUCUAUUGUCAGGAUAUGUUCAAUAAGUUAUCCAGACCACGAACAACUGAAAUCUGUUUACAUGGCAUAUCUGAGUUCAAUAUUACACCAAAGAUUACCAAGUCAUCCGAUCUGGAGUAAUCCAAGUAAGAUCUAUUCCCUGGCUGGAUCCAUGGUCCAACUUUACGAACGACUUCAGGCGCAGUUCAGUGUGGAUGAUUAUAGUCACUACCUCUUCACACCAUGUGACCUCACCCAGUGGAUUCUGAAUCUUCUGCGCUAUGACCUCAAUGAUACGGCUAGCAGCAACUCUAGCGAACACAUUUUGGAAAUCUGGGCUUAUGAAGCGAGUCGCUUGUUCCGAGACCGGAUUGUUGGUCCUGAGAGCCGCAGCAGGUUUGACCAGAUCCUCAUGUCCAUUAUACAAGCUGAUUGGUCUGCUGAUGUGUUGGAUAAAUUACAAUCUUUUUAUCAUGUCACUUGGGGCAGCAGAUCAACAAACUCAAGUGCAACUUCCCAGAAAAUGAAUGGCAAACCUCUCGGUCGGCUCUCAAGAGAUGAUCUGAAAUCUGUUAUUGAGAAAGGACUACGAGCAUUUUGUUAUGAAAACAAGAUGGACGACAUGUUGAUAUUCAAGGAAGUCAUCGAUCAUAUUGCUCGUGUUGACCGAGUCUUGACCAUGGCUGGAGGCUCCCUGUUGAUGGCCGGCAGCUCUGGUGUUGGCAGACGAUCUGCUGUCAGACUAGUAGCUUUCAUGCACCAAAUGCAUGUUUUUAGUCCAAAGGUCUCCAGGUCUUACAGCAUCAAACAAUUCAAACUUGACUUAAAAGGGGUAAGCCUGCUUGCUGGUGUGAAGAGAAACCUUCAUGUUGCUUUGAUAAUGGACUUUAAGAACCAGACAUUUGCCAUCAACUGUGAAAGCAACCCAGCACUUUACAAGUACUGUGCAGUUCAAUGGAUGGAUUCUUGGAGUCGUGACAGCAUGCUCAAGAUUCCAGAAAUGUUGUUGGCAGAAAAACCUAAAGAAGCCACUAAAGACAACCAGCGCAGCCAACGUCACUCUCACUCAGGAAAGGAUCACCCCUUCAAGGCAUUCCUGCAGAUCCAUGAAGCAUGUCAUGAGUUGAGUGCCACUCCAAGACGUUACAUUGCCUUCCUCAACACCUACUUGUCUGUCUAUCAACAGAAGAAGGAGAAGGUUGCACAGCAAAUCCAGCACUUACAGGCUGGUGUGUCCAAGCUGAACGAGGCUAAGGAGUUGGUUGCUGAACUGAAGGCAAAAGCAGCGACUCAAAGCCAGCUUUUGGUUGAGAAGCAAUCCCAAGCAGAUGCUGCACUGAAAGAAAUAACUAAAAGUAUGGUGGAUGCAGGAGAUCAGAAAAACAAGAUGGUUAUUUUGAAACAGAAGGCAACACAAGAAAACCAGAACCUUGAAUCACGCAAGAAGAAAAUCGAUGAUGAGCUAGCUGAGAUUGAACCCCUCGUGAACGAAGCUAAAAAAGCUGUUGGUAGCAUUCAGAGUGACGCAUUGUCUGAAAUCCGUUCAUUGCGAGCACCACCAAACACCAUCCGCUGCAUUCUUGAAGCUGUACUCUGUAUUAUGGGCAUUUACGAUACAUCUUGGGUUAGUAUGAAAAGCUUUUUAGGGAAAAGAGGAGUGGAGAAAGACAUCCAAUCAUUCAACGCUCGCAGGAUCACUCCCGACAUCAGGAAUGUUGUAGAAGAACUUCUGAGGAAAAAUAAGGACGCAUUUGAAGCAAAGAAUGCAAGGCGAGCAUCAGUUGCUGUAGAAUCCCUUGCUGUUUGGGUGAAAGCCAAUCUAAAGUUCUCAUAUGUUCUACAGAAAAUUGAGCCUUUAGAAGCAGAACAGGCACAACUGCAAAGGAAUCUGGAUGAUGUUGAAGACAGUAUAGUUCAAUUGAGCAGUAAGCUGGACAGUGUGGACAGCAAAGUGGCCGAACUAAAAGGAAACUUUGAGCUCCUGACAAGGGAAGCUCUGGAACUGAAACACAAACUAGAAAAGGAGAAUGAAACAAUACAAGCAGCUGAAACUCUGGUUACAAAACUGGAAGGUGAACAUCAACGUUGGAAUGAGCAAAUUUCAGAACUGAAGACCGAAUCUAAAGAGCUACCAAAGCAUGCCCUCCUCUCAGCAGCAUGCAUCACCUACCUUCCCAGUACACCAGAGGACAUUCGACAAAAGAUGCUGAAAGAAUGGAUGGAUAUGGUUGGACUCCAACAAUUUUCUCUCCGUCGAUUCCUCAGCACUGAAAGUGAACAGUUACAGUGGAAGUCAGAAGGUUUACCCUCCGAUGACCUCACCAUGGAGAAUGCCCUCAUGAUUCUCAAGACCUCUCUACCUGCCUUUCUUGUUGACCCAUCGUCCCGAGCAACUGAAUGGCUGAAAUCCCAUUUGAAGAAUCAUCAAGUUGAAGUCAUAAAUCAACAGGACUCUAAUUUCCAGACUUCUUUAGAAUUGGCUGUGAGAUUUGGGAAGACCCUGAUUAUUCAAGAGAUUGAAGCAAUAGAACCCUUGCUGUACCCGCUACUCAGAAAAGAUCUCAUAUCACAAGGUCCUCGCUGUGUCGUGCAGAUUGGUGAGAAAAUCGUUCACUACAAUGAAGCCUUCAAAGUGUACCUUGCCACCAGAAAUUCCAGUCUGCAAAUACCUCCAGAUGCAAGGUCCAUCAUGACUGAGGUGAACUUCACUACGACAGCAGCUGGACUCACCAGCCAGCUAUUGGCACAGACCAUCCAGCAUGAGAAACCACAACUGGAAGUUCGCAAGACACAACUGUUGCAGCAGGAAGAAGAGUUAAAAAUACAGCUGGCAAAACUUGAAGAAUCACUUCUUGAAGAACUGGCCAAUGCUAAAGGCAACAUCUUGGAGAAUAAGGAACUCUUGGCAUCACUGAACAAGAUGAAAGCUAGCAGUAACACAGUGACGGAAUCACUGCAAGAGUCUGUGCAAUUACAGACUGCUUUGGAUCAAGAAAGAAACACCUAUCUACCCCUUGCAGAAAAUGGCAGUCGACUGUAUUUUGUGAUAAAGGACUUAGUAAAGAUUAACAAUAUGUAUUGUUUCAGCUUAAGUUCAUUUCUACGUCUUUUCCAAAGAACUCUGCAGGCGAUCUAUGAUGAAAGCACCAACAACACAGAGUCUCGCAUCAAACUUCUGCAGAAGCACCUGUUACACCUUGUCUACAAGUCUGUGUGUCGAUCGUUAUUUAAGGCCGAUCAGCUCAUGUUUGCCCUUCACCUGGCUCAUAGAUGGAGACCUGACCAGUUCAAAGACAAUGAAUGGGAAUUACUCAGUGGAACGUAUGUGUCAGAUUUUAAGAUUUCUGCUCAGGCUUUAGAACAAGAGUUACCUCCCUGGAUUGAGGACCGUGAAUGUGCCAUGCCUGUUGCUAUAUUGAAGUACAAUUUCUCUGAACUCUAUGGAAAGCUGAAUUUCCAAGGCUCAAACCUCUGGACACCAUUUCUCCAUAGCAGAUGUUGUGAGCAAGAAUUUCCCAAAGCAGUCGAAAAUAAUCUGAGCAAGUUCCAACGCCUUCUUGUAAUCCAUGCUGUGAGACCUGAUCGUCUGCAGACUGCAAUGACACAGUUUGCUUGCUGGGUACUAGGACUGAAGGAUUUGGCCCCACCAACAUUCAAUCUGAAGAAGUUGUUUACUGAUGAGACCGUUGCUACAGAACCGAUCUUGAUUAUCAUAUCUCCUGGUGCUGAUCCUUCUCAUGAUCUACAAGAACUUGCUUCGCAGACAAUUGGUUCUGACCGAUACUAUCAGGUUGCCAUGGGGCAGGGACAAGCUAAUGUGGCAUUAGAAUUACUUAGGCAAUCAGCCCAUGAUGGAGACUGGUUAUGUUUGAAGAACCUUCAUCUUGUCACAUCUUGGCUUCCUAUCUUAGAAAAGGAAAUUAACAGCCUGAAACCAAACAAUGGCUUCCGUCUCUGGCUUACCACCGAAGUGCAUCCACAUUUCCCCAGUGUCUUGCUCCAGUCUAGUCUUAAAAUCACCUACGAGUCACCUCCUGGGCUAAAGAAAUCUCUCCAACGAACAUACGAGGCCUGGUCAAGUGAGUACCUGCGGCAGGGCAAUGAAAAUCGAGCCAAUGCUUUGUUUGCUCUCGCUUGGUUCCACGCCGUUGUACAAGAAAGGAGGACUUACAUUCCACAGCAAUCACAUUAUCCAAUUCAAAUCUCUCAUCUCUUCUCCUUACUUAUAGGCCAUAAUAUUCAAUGGCAGUGGAUCCAUGGCCUCUUUGAACAGGCAAUAUAUGGUGGUAGAGUAGACAACACCUUUGACAUAAGGGUGUUAGUCUCUUACCUGAAGACUUUCUUUGACAACCGGGUGUUGGGUGAACAUGUGAGUGACAGACGCAUUGGAAAUCUGCAACUGCCAAAUUCCUGCCAGUACAGAGACUACAUUUCUCUGAUUGAUAAACUUCCUGACUACAACCAACCUUCUUUGUUUGGUCUUCCUGAGAAUAUUGAGCGGUCUUCUCAGAAGACCAUAAGUAACAAUGUUAUCUGUCAGCUGAGAAUCCUGAUGAGGUCUGACAUCAAAGGCAGUAAAUUUGAUAAGGAAGUCUGGUCUUCUGAACUGGGGCCCAUUCUCAAUUUGUGGAAGAAACUUAACCAGGGUCAGCAAUUGAUUCAUAUGAAGGUGAACCCACCAAAACAGAAAGAUGGCAACACGUCCCCCUUGCUGGCCUUUAUUCAACUCGAGAAGUACAAUGCCAUUAAACUUAUCCAGUUUGUCCAUUUGUCCCUGGCCGCACUCAGCAAGGUUAUCCGUGGCUCCACUCUGCUGACCGCUAGUGUCCAGCAACUUGCUGAAGCACUGCUCAAUCAAGAGGGGGCCUACCUCACCAUGCGUAUCGGUGGACUGCUUCUGGAGGGUUGUAUAUUUGACGGCCGUAACCUGUCUGAUAAUCAACCAGAAUCUCCAACAGUGUGUGCCCUUCCUCCAUGUUACAUAUCCUGGGUUCCAAAGAAUGUUCCUGAGAAAAGCAACACAGCCGAGCACAUCUCUCUACCUCUCUACUACAGUUCCCAGAGAGACAGGGUGGUCACCUAUUUGGAUUUACCGUGCAUCUCGUCCGAUCCGAACCACUGGCUGCAGUGUGGUGCAGCAAUCUUUCUCUCGUCCAAUACCUAACGAGAGAAGUAGGAAAGUGGGUAUGGAUGGUGGGAGGGGGGACUUAAAUGAGGUGAGAGAAAGAGUAAGAAAGAGAGAGAGAAAGAGUAAGAAAGAGUAAGAAAGAGAGAGAGAAAGAGAUAAGUGUAGACUGAGGAGAAGAAAAUGGAGGAGAGAGAGGGAAGGAGAUGGAGUUAUUGUAAAAACAAAAAUGGACCUUAUCAACAGAGAUUGUAUUUAGUAAUUUGAGAUGCUUAUUAAUUUGAUAGGGUUGUAGUAUAUAUCUAGGGAGAGUGUUGAGAUGGGGCUGCAGCUUUUGACAGCUUUUCACACAUAUUGCAGUAUACCACACUUCUAUAUAUUGCCGCAUCCAUCAAAAAACCCCAAUAUGACAUAGAUUAUGCACAAUAUUAAUAUCUAUAUUAGGGCGGUGAGCUGGCAGAAUCGUUAGCAUGCCGUGCGAAAUGCUUAGCAGUAUUUCAUCUACCAUUACAUUCUGAGUUCAAAUUCUGCCAAGGUCGACUCUGCCUUUCAUCUUUUCGGGGUUCGAUUAAAUAAAUACCAGUUAUGUACUGGAGUCGAUGUAAUCGACUUAGUCCCUUUGUCUGUCCUUGUUUGUCCCCUCUAUGUUUAGCCCCCUGUGGGCAAUAAAGAAAUAAAUAUUAAUAUCUAUAUCACACUGCACUGCUAAACAAUGUUACUUUUGUUGUCACAGUACAUGACUAUAUGUUGUUAUUAACAUCUCAACAUACAAUGUAACAUUUAUCUGUGAUAGUACCCCACUUUAUGUUAACAUAUCUAUCACAGUACCUCAUUAUGAGAUGUCAGAGGUUUUACAAGACUAUGCUAUGUUAACAUCAAUAUUACUCAAUGCUACAAUACAAUGUCACAUCUUUUGUCACAAUACAUGACUAUAUGUUGAUAAAUAUGUCACAGUAUACAAUGUUACAAUGUAACAUCUGUCACACUACUCCAUUAUACAAUGGUAGAUGCACUGUAACAGUUCACCUCUAAUGCAAUAUCACAUCUAUAUAAUAGUUUCAUUUAUGUCACAGUUCACAACAAUAUUGUCACAUGCCUUAGAGUUCACCACUAUAUAACAUUACAUCUGUGUCACAGCAUGUAGCAUUAUAAUGUCACAGUAAUGCCUUAAAGUAUUACAUCAGUAUCAUGUUACACUCCUAUACAUGUAACAUGUAUAGGGGUGUAUACAGUGGUGUAUUGUACAUGUGCUGUAGUACACUACUAUAUUGUAUCAUACCAGUGUCACAGUACAUCACUUACAGCACUGUACUGUAUCAUAUUUAUGUCAUAGUACGUUACUCUAUAUCUGUACCGCAAUACACCAAGAUAUAGUAUUGCAUUUAAAUCAUAGUACAUGACCAUAUAGUGUCAUAGUACACUUCUUUAUAACACCUGUGCCAAAAUAUACCUCUGUAUAGUAUAUGCAGAAUGUCGUUUUCUAGAACCUUUGGUUCCAAAGCCUUACCAGAUUAAUGGUUUUUCCAAACUAAGUGGGGAUCACCUCUAAAUUAAUCAUUCAUUCAUUCGGUUCACAUUGUGCCUUGUGGCACUUGAGGCGACAGCAAGAUCAUUCCACCUUCUAACUCUGAAAGUGUCCUGGACAGCUUGUUCCUUGUUAACCCUCUGCUUUUAAGAUCUGUUAUUGUUCUCCGCCACAUUUCUUUUUGUCGGCCACGUCUUCUUUUACCUUGUGGAACCCAUUGCAAAGCGAUGCUGACAAGUGAGCUUGGUUUAUAGCAGCAAACUCAACCCAGCCAUUUCCAUCUCCUUGCUCCAAUAGUUUCUGUUAUUAGUUUCAUGUUAGCCUUGGUAUGUAAUUGGCUAUUCGAGACCUAAAUUAAACAAAUACUAAAACAAUUAAAUGAAAUACAGGUACCUGUUCAUUAGAGUAAAUUAGGGUGGAUUAUAAGAGGAUCCAGACCAUUAGUAUUCAGUAUCACAACUAAUUCAUAGUAAACUAUAUAGUGUUACAGUACUCUACAAUAUCAUAUCUGUGUCACAGUACAAUACUAUAUACAAUACUAUGUUAUAUCUAUGUCACAGUACAUUACUCCAUAAUAGUAUCACAUCUAAGUUACAGCACACAAUUAUACAAUGUCAUAGUGAACAAUGCUAUAGGGUAUUGCACCUGAAUCACUAUAUACCACUUCAAAUAGUACCACAAUCACAGUACACUAAUAUCAUAUCUGUAUGUCUGUGAUAUGUUGUUGACUAGUAUUAAACAACUAAAGACUACUACCACCACCACCAUCAUUUAUUCACACUAUAAAACAAUGUUAAAUCUCUAAUAUUUAUAAUCUUGUUGCUGUAUUAUACCAUUUUACUACUGUAUCACAUUUAUUACUGUAUUAUACUAGUUAAUAUUUUGUUAUUAAUAUACUUUUUUUGUUAACCAGUGUUUACUGGUUGGAAACCUCUGAGGAUGUAUAUUUCGUAAGUUUAGGGUUUUUUUUUCUCCUUCUUUACACCACCAAUCCGUCCAAAGAAUAAAAUAUUUUCAGAAAUUAAUGUUA